GUGAUACUUCAAUUUUAAAUCUUCAAUAAAAAAUCAGAUCUAGGAUUAGGGUUUGGGUUAGCGAACGAGGGGAAAAUCCGAAUAUGGAAGGCUGGGACCCGAAUACGAAGUCGGCGUUGACCCAGAUCCCGCUGCUGACGAUGAAGGCGGGCCCCAGAGACGGAGUGGCAUGGACUCAGAGGCUGAAAGAGGAGUACAGGGCUCUGAUCGCCUACACGCAGAUGAACAAGUCCAACGACAACGAUUGGUUCCGGAUAUCCGCAGCAAAUCCCGAAGGGACACGUUGGACCGGCAAGUGCUGGUACAUCCAUAACCUUCUCAAGUACGAGUUCGAUCUCCAGUUUGAUAUUCCCGUUACUUAUCCGGCCACUGCUCCCGAGCUCGAGUUGCCCGAACUCGAUGGCAAGACUCAGAAGAUGUAUAGGGGGGGGAAGAUUUGUUUGACCGUGCACUUCAAGCCACUUUGGGCAAAAAAUUGUCCUAGGUUUGGUAUAGCACAUGCACUUUGUUUGGGUCUUGCUCCAUGGCUUGCUGCAGAGAUUCCCAUUCUUGUGGAUUCUGGUAUGAUCAAGCAUAAGGAUGACGUGGUGGCAGCCUCAUCUAAUGAGUCCUAGUAUUUUCUGAUUUUAAAGGUAUACCUUGAGUUUCAGAAGUAAACGCUUAGGCAUAAUUACAAGAUUUACAGGAUGUCUCUAGAAAGGGUCAAUUUGAUCUGUCCUAUGAUCAGAUAGAUAAUAUCGAAACUUCUUGACCUCUUAUUUUUUAAAUGCAAAUAGGAUCUAAUAUUAUUUUUUGAAUACAUUUGCAAUAAUCUUUUAUUUAUA